GUCCUAGUGAUGCAUCUCCAGAUGAAGGAGUAGUAGAAGAUCUGCCUUUAAUAGAUGAAAAAGCUGUGGAACAGCUAACUGAAGGAUUGAUUUCUCAUUACCUGCCUGAUCUUCAGCGAUCAAAAUCAGCACUACAGGAACUUACACAGAACCAAGUGGUAUUACUAGAAACAUUAGAACAAGAAAUUUCAAAAUUCAAAGAGUGUAACUGCAUUCUUGAUAUUGAUGCUUUGUUUUCAGAAGCUAAACACUAUCACAACAAGUUAGUGAAUAUUAGAAAUGAGAUGAUGAUGCUCCAUGAGAAGACAUCAAAGUUAAAAAAAAGAGCACUUAAGCUGCAACAAAAGAAGCAGAAAGAAGAACUAGAACGAGAACAGCAACGUGAGAAGGAGCUUGAAAGAGAGAAGCAGUUAACAGCAAAACCUGCUAGGAGGAUGUGAAAGCAGGGCAUGCAACAACUUGUCUGAAUCAAUAAUUUCUGCAUUCUCUGGAAUUAAGGCAGACUUUGCUUAAACUGGGCUAUAGCUGUUACUAGCAACAGUCUCUAUGAUAUUAUAAAUUCCAGAAUGGUAAUAACAGGGCUGGUAACAUUCAAAUUUUUUCAUUUCAGUCAUUCAAGAUGCCUUCUUUUGUAAUACUAUGCAGUUUGAUAUUAUUAUAAUGUAAGUUAAUUUUAUAUAUAUGUAUGUAUAUAGGAGAAUUUAGGCAUCACAGUUUCAAAUACCUAUCAAUUUUUUUCAUCUGUUCUUCUGGUGUUUAGAAUUCUGAGAGAGAUUUGGUGACUGGCAUACAUGUCUUUCAGACAAAAUACAGAAUACUAGUCAAAGCUCAGUUCUCAUCACCAGACUUCAGUGGCCGCUUAUU